AUGGCCUUCAGAAUCCAUGGUGUCUUUAGUCAGCGGUCUGAGGAGUCUCUUACAACACGUGAGUCGUCUCUCACUAAGACUGAGUGGCAAAAGAAACUGACCCCAGAGCAAUUCUACGUCACCAGAGAAAAAGGAACAGAACCGCCUUUCAGUGGGAUCUACCUGGAUAACAAGGAGGCAGGGAUGUAUCACUGUGUGUGCUGUGACAGUCCACUCUUCAGUUCUGAGAAAAAGUACAGCUCCGGCACUGGGUGGCCUUCGUUUUCUGAGGCUCAUGGUACGUCUGGCUCUGAUGAAAGUCAUACAGGGAUCCUGCGACGUCUGGACACCGCAUUAGGAUUGGCUCGCACAGAGGUCGUCUGCAAGCAGUGUGAAGCCCAUCUUGGCCACGUGUUUCCUGAUGGACCCGGGCCCACUGGUCAGAGGUUUUGCAUCAACAGUGUGGCUUUGAAGUUCAAACCCAGAAAACACUGACCCUCUCCAGGAGUCCCUGUCUCUUGCCACCCUUCAUUUGUACCCUCAAUUUCCAUAGUUCAGCUGAAUGAAUUGUUGUAUUUAGUAUAAGACUGGGCUGAGUUUGCUGCUG